AUGGUUCGUCUGGCAGGACUGGUUCUCGCCGCGCUUGCUGCGGUGGCGCAUGGCGCUGCCGUCCCUCGUGCCGGAGCCACCAGCGCCCCGUUCACGACAGACUACGAUGCCAUCAUCGUGGGCGGCGGCCCUGCGGGCCUGGCUGCGCUGAGCGGUCUCGCCCGCGUCCGUGUCACAACCGCCUACUUCCGCUGGGCCGCCCGCCAGCAGCUCGCCCACUACAGCACGGUGAGCAUGACCAACGGCACCGUCACCAAGAUCACGCCGGGCGACAGCCAAAACAACUUCUUCACCGUGACGACGACCAGCCCAGGCAGCAACGCCACCACGGACCUCACGGCGCGCAAGAUCGUGCUGGCGACGGGCCUGCGCGACAUCCUGCCCGCCACGCCAGGCAUCCGCGAGAACUGGGGGCAGGGCAUCUUCUGGUGCCCGUGGUGCGACGGGUACGAGCACGCGGACCAGCCACUGGGCCUGCUGGGCAGCCUGGACAACGUGCCCGCGGCGGUGCGCGAGAUGCUGACGCUGACGCGCGACAUCGUGGCGCUGGUCAACGGCACCGACACGCCCGCCUUCCGCGCCGCCACCGACGCCAAGAUGCCCGGCUGGCAGCGCUACCUGCAGCUGCACGGCGUGCGCGUCGACAACCGCACCAUCGCCGCCAUCCGCCGCCUGCGCAACGGCACCGACGGCUCCGAGGACCCCAGCCUGCCGUCCGUCGCCGAGCACGACCUGUUCAGGGUCGAGUUCACCGAGGGGCCGCCGGUUGAGCGGGCCGCCUUCCUCGCCGCCUGGCCGUCCGAGCAGGCGUCCCACCUCGGCGAGAAGUUGGGCGUGCACCUGUACGGCGGCCGCCUGGCGGCCGAUCCGGCCAACGGGCUCGUGACCAACGUCCCCGGCGUGUACGCCAUCGGCGACGCCAACUCGGACAACACGACCAACAUAGGGCGCGAGGAUGGGGAGAGGGAGUUGAACGGGACCGACGUGACGAAGAGGGACCUCGAGCACGUCGCUCGGUCGCUAUGGCAGACUGUGAACGGGGACCCCGGCGACAUUCUCUACGCCGGCGAAUUCGACCAAUAG